UCAUUCCUGAGGAAUUCGGAAUACAGUACACCGCAGAGGAAGCUUCGAAUUGAGCUAGUACGGUAGAAAUGAUCUUUGCCUGGAAAAUCAUCGCGACGACUCGGAGCUGUUGCCGUCGGCAGCUUCGACCGUGGCACCAUGUUUCACAAUCUGAACGUUGACUCGGAAACGCUGAGACAUCAAGAAGCAUGAGAGUAUCCUCAGAUUCGUUCCUUGAGUUGAACGCAUCGCAUCGCAUCGCAUCGCAGUCUCCUAGUGAUCGACGAUCAUCAGAUGCCGAUGGCGAACGAGACUCGGAGCGCUCGCACCGGUUAUCAAUCAUCUUCCGACUCUUCAGCUGGUAGCACCACGCUACCUCAACGUCAAACAACAAGUACCGCUAGCAGCUACAAAGCAGCCAAGGAAAGAACUUACUAGCUGCCAUCAUCAUCAUGACCGAUACUCCGUGGCAUACGGUUACCAUAAGAGUCCCCUUUGCGAACCCAAAACAUGCAACGAUAGCAAUGCAAGUGAUUGACGUGGAUCCAGAGCUUCAGAGAGAAGCCGUCAAACGCACUUUGACAGUGGACGGCAAUGAUCUCGUCGCAUCAUUCGCGACUUCAACUGUUCGACUGGCGAGGCUGACGACAAAUGGCUUUCUGGAGAACGUAGAUCUAGUAGCCCGGACUAUUGGCGAGUUUGGAGAGAACUCGGAACGGGAUUUCUAGGUGAUGAGUCAUGUGGACAACAAUG